GCAGACUCAGGUGCGCCUCACUCUGCGCUGCGCAAAGACGCGACUGCGCUCGUCCGCAAACGCUCUUCAUUCUGCCGCGCCGCGCAGGACAUUAGGACCAACUACUUCUCCUUCUUCAUGGGAAAAACCUUCAUCUUAAUUUAUAGGACAAACAGGGCAAAGUUACCUUACAGGAAGGACCUUCCACGGACCUCGUCACCACAAUGAGUUGGGGGGCACUCUACGCCCAGCUGGGCGGCGUCAACAAACACUCCACCAGCCUCGGGAAGAUCUGGCUCUCCGUCCUCUUCAUCUUCCGCAUCACCAUCCUGGUCCUGGCUGCCGAGAGCGUUUGGGGCGACGAGCAGUCAGACUUCACGUGCAACACGCAGCAGCCCGGUUGCAAGAACGUGUGCUACGACCAUUUCUUCCCCGUGUCGCACAUCCGCAUGUGGUGCCUGCAGCUCAUCUUCGUCUCCACGCCGGCCCUGCUCGUCGCCAUGCACGUCGCGUACAGGAAGCGCGGCGACAAGAGGACCAUUCUGGCCUCCAACAGCACCGAAAACUCCGACCUUGAGAUCCUGAAAAAAAGGCGUCUGCCCAUCACGGGCCCACUUUGGUGGACCUACACCUGCAGCCUGUUCUUCCGCCUCAUCUUUGAGGGGGGCUUCAUGUACGCGCUGUACUUCGUCUACGACGGCUUCCAGAUGCCCCGGCUCGUGAAGUGUGAGCAGUGGCCCUGCCCCAACAAGGUGGACUGCUUCAUCUCCCGACCGACGGAGAAGACGGUCUUCACCAUCUUCAUGGUGGCCUCUUCGGCCAUCUGCAUGGUGCUGAACGUGGCCGAGCUGUUCUACCUCAUCGUCAAGGCACUCCUGAGGUGCAUGGACAGGUCGGGCAAGAGGAAACACCCCUACGCGGAGAGCGUGUCGAGGGACAACAAGAAGAACGAGAGGCUGUUGUCGUCCUCCACGGAUUCGUCCAGCAACAAGACCGUGUGCUGAAGAGCGACGAGAGGGAUGGACUCUAGAUUCAUCCGUGAACCUCCAUUAGAGCCGUCUAGUGGGGUACAGAGUCUGUAUUCCUGUGGGAAAGUUGUAGUUCUGCGUCUUAACCUGCAGCAGAACUCGUGUCGUCCCGAGGGAAUUGGAUCUCGGCGGCAUUUUAAAAAAAGAUUUUCACGCGUGACCUUAAUUUUUCCACUCAUGCACUGUAGUGCUGUUCACAGCUGAGUAUUUUUCUUUUUUAGUUUAGUUUGAGUUCUACCUAGCCACUUACCUAGCUAGCUAACUAACAAUCAAAACAGUUUAACAAAUAUUAGUUUACGUCUUAAUCAAAUAUUACCUCUUGCUGUAAUCUCAAAGGCAUAUUUGAUUAGAUAUAAAAUGUGCAAUAACUCCUUGCUUUAUAGCAAUGUUUUGGUUAGAGAAUAUUUUGCCAAGAAUACCGAUAGAUUAAGAACCAGCACGAAGCUACGCAUAAGAAGUAAAAUAAUAAUUUGUUCUCACGGAAAACCCCAGGAGAUUGCAAAAUGCCAAGUGAUACCUUGAUUAUUAUUAUUAUUAUUAUUAUUAUUAUUAUUAUUAUUAUUAUUAUUAUUAUUAUUAUUAUUAUUAUUAUUAUUAUUAUUGAGAGUUAUGUCUUUGACUUCCGGUUGAAACCUGAAGCUGUAACAAGUUUAAGGGCGCUAUUGCAAUGGAGGAAUGAGCCUACACUGACAUCUAGUGGUGAGCAACGAGAAGAGGCGAGAAUUAAUUAAAGGGAUUUCUACUUUUCAAGGCAAUUGAUCAAAGGCGGAUUGGUUCAAAAUGUAGCUGUGUUGACUAAAUCGUCUUUUCACGUUUACGUUUUUGAGUGUAAGAAUUUAACUGGGAAGAAUGCAGGCGUUUCUCUUUAUGAAGAGACUAAAAUCAAUCAAAUGUUAUUGUUGUUGUUGUUUUGUGACUCAAAUACAAGACAAAAUCAAGACAGCAUUUCCCUUUUAAAAAAAAUAUAAGACAUAAAAAAAGGUGCAAUAAUAUAAAGAGCAUUUUAACAGAUUCAGGAAGAAAACUGUCUAUCAGUCUGGUGUUCAAUCAAAAGUUAACAGUGAACGUGUGAAAAGUCUCUGAAAUGAAUCCUGGACAGAGAAAAGGGACAAUGAGCUCCAGAUACAGAAUAGAGCUGUCAUGUUUCCAGUUUAAUCAACCAAAUUCAUCUUUUAGCUUUUGCCUGAUUAUAAUGUUCUUAAACCAUUAGAUUUUAUUCUUCUUUUUUUUUUUCGUCUCACAAAGCAAUUCAUACCACUUGAACAUCUCACGUCCUGUCAUACAACCACAAACAUCAAUGUAUUUUUAUUGGACUUUUAUACCAAAGAGGUGGAUACAUUUUGUGAUUGUGAACAUCAAUUUUCAUCUCUUUCCCUAAAUUAUUAUUUGUCUUUCUUGGACUUUGACUGGGCCAUUUUAAACACAUGAUAAUGUAUGCCUCUUAAGUGAGAUUGUUCUAUAGUCUCAAAUCUUUUGAUGGCCUCUAAUUGAUUUUGUUCCACUAUUACCCAUCAGCCAGCUGUCCUAAACCCACAGCAUGAUACUAUCACCACCAUGCUUCACAGCUAAGCGGUAUAUGGUUGUAAUGUGACAAAUUGUGUGAGAAUUUAAGCGGUGUGAAUACUUUUGCAAAGUUUUGCACAGAUGAAUAGUGUUUUCAGAAAUAUGCACAGUCAAAUCCUAAAUUAUCCGUCGCCCUGGUAGAUUUAGGUUUAAAAUAAUCUGAUCAUUUUUACAAAAACGAUUCCAUUGACUUGAAGUCAUUUUUAUGUUUGGGGACCUUAAGAUUGAUAAGGAGGACAUUCAGACUCGAAGAUUUGGAGCUUAUCGAAGAUCGAACAAGUAGUUCUGGGAACAUCCAGCGAUUAAAUACUUUUCCAUUGAUCACUGAGAUUAUUUUAAUAAACUACAACUAAAAGACUGCUUUUUUUUUGUUUGUUUUUUGUUUUUUUUUAUCGAUCCUCCUCAUACAUUGUUGUAUUAUCCUUUGUGUCAUUUCUUGACACUAACAGACGUCUCGGACGAAUGGAAACCAUUUGAAAUCUAAAUCUUCCAGAAGUAUGGAUUAUUUUGAUGGGUGUCACUUUGACUGGCAGAGGCUCUGCAUUCAGGAAAGGAGGCGAGGCAACAAAGUGAAGUCGAGGUAGAUUUAUUUAGAGCUGCAGGUCACAGUUACACCGACACCCAUGUUUUUACAGUGAGACAAAGAAGUUGGCUUUUAUACGCUGGGGCGAUUCCAACACCAGACAAGAAAUAAUUAUUUACCCAAACCAAACACAAAUCUAAUAAUGCAAAUUAUUAGAACUAAACUGAUCUAAAGUCAAUCAAAGAUUAAAUGUAACUUAAUAUGACUUUAAUUGAAAAUGGUGCGUUCCAGGAGCUUUUCAACAGCACAUGGAGCUCCCUUUGCUGCUCCACCCUGCUGAGGAGACAAAGGUAAGACUGGAACGAUUCACCUCAAAUUGAAACAAACCAACAUUUCCCCACAGUCCCCCUGUCCUGAAAGUAUGUUUAAAUACAUGUCAAUGUUACUGAAAUAAAGAACUGAAACAAAAAGCACUUGUUCUGUAAACAAAUAUAAUAUCAAUAAUCACUUAUUAGGAAUGGAGCCCCUGGUCUCCAUCGCAAUGGGCUGAGCUUCGUCUUUGCUUUGUAAUGUUUGGUUCGCCUAAAUUCAACGCUUUUCUGAAUGGAAAUACGCUGACAAAUACAGAUAUUGCCAACUGGAUCCAUUUAUCGCUUUUAUGCACAGCUUCAGUUACCGACCCCGCCCUAAAUGGAUCCGCUUUCAGCGUGCGCCUUAUUUCAGCCGGCGCUCUGAUCACAGCUCGGCCUCCUAAUGAAGACAAAUCUCAAACCCAAACACGUCUUCGUCGUCCCUCCGUCCAGGAAUAGACGUCACGGAUUGGUCACAUCGGUCUGUCGAAACGGGCACCCGGCUGGUGACUCUGUGAUUGCGCAAUGACCGCUAAGUGAGAUGCGCUGGCGCCGAUUAGACGUGUAAAUUCCCCUGUUAUAGAAAGUAAAGCCGGGUUAGACACUCGGCGUGGUUUGGUUGUGUAACAUCUCUGGCUGAUGGAGUGACCCGCACAGUGUUGCACUCUGGGAAUUUUAGAGUUGUUUAAAAAGAAAAGAAAGAUUUUAAACCCGCUCUUACCUUUGACUUCCUGGUGUAAUUAUUUUAUUUUAUUUUUUUCCAUCGCUGCAGACUUUAAAACUGACUUUGCUUCCACAGUGAUGUAACAGUUUGAUUCUAACAGCUAUGCAACGCUAACAGAGAGAAAUGAACCAAUGAGAUGCUUCGGAUUGUGAUUUUUGUAUGAGAUGUCUUGUACACUUGCACUUUGAUCCUUCGAUUUGUUUUUUCCUUUGAGAAAUUUUUCAUAAAUUAGUGAAAACACAA